AUGAAGACUUCCGUCGCUGUUUCUCUUCUUCUCGCCGCUGCGGCCGAGGCUCGAUUCGGCCAAGAGCAGGGCAACGGAGCCAUCGCCGCCAUUCAGGCAUUGUCAAACUUGGGACAACCCGGACAGGCCGCCACCCUGGCUGGCAAUGCCAUUCAGUUCCUCCUCGCUGCUGCAAACCCUUGUGGCAAGCUCAGCCAUGCCGAUUCAAUUCUAGAGGAGCUGGGAACAAGUGACGCUGCCGUUGCAGCAGCCCGUGGCCUCGUUGCGGCUGAGCAAAACUUCAACCCCUUUGUCCUCCGGGGUGUCGUUCCCCUGAUUGACCCUGCGGUUGUCGGAUCGGAUCUCGAGAACAAGAAUGCAGCGGCUUCCAAGACUAAGCCGUUCGCAGCUGAUGGCCUCAGUGUCGCUCAAGUCAUGGUCCAGAAUGGCUUCUCCAACUUUACGGCUGUUGCUUUGGAUGGCAGCAAGUCGGAUGCCUCGGGAGGAUCAUCGGCAGCCGGAUCGUCUGCUGCUGCACCGGUCGCCACAUCGGCCUCAGCAGCACAGGCAUCUGCUCCUCCGGCUACUGCAGUGAACAACAAUGCGGGAUGCAACAUAGCAACUGCUGAGGCUUCCAGCGCGCCCGCCUCGUCUGGCAAUGCUUCAUCUGGAAAUGCGUCAUCUGGAAAUGGCUCUGGAGCCGUCAAGAACGCCGUCACGGGCAACUUUGAUGGCUUCGUGGCCUCGACCAUUGCAGGCCUGGACUUUGGACUCUGCGUCCCCACCAUGAAGUUCGAAGCUGGUCUCGACGGACGAUCCGACACCGAGUUUACCUUCCAGGCCAUCGACCCCCUUGUCAACAAGGGCCAAGAGGAGGCGCUCAACCCCAACAUCAUCACCAACCGGAUCCACGACCAGCUCACCAACGUGUGCGGAGCCAACGCGGCGGCCAAGGCUGCGGUUGCGGAUGCUCAGGCCAAGAUUUCGGCGCUGGGAACUAGGAAUGCGGAUACUGCCAACACGUGGAACUCGCUUCUUGGAUUCGCAAACACAAACAUUAACCCCGACAAUGCGCCUCAGGCUGGCCUUGUUGGUCACACCUAA